AUGAAAGUGCUAUAUUUAUCGUGGUUGGUUUCAUUUUUCCUCCACGAAUAUGUUGCUGGAGAUGUUCUGAGCAUUGCUGCGAAAAAGGCGCUGCUCAAAACUCACAAUGACCAUCGGCGGAGGCUUGCCAAAGGCGAGGAGUUGAAUAAGGAGAACAAAAAUAUGCCCAAGGCGGCGAAUAUGAUGAAAAUGGUAAGGAAAGAAGGAUGGAAAUUACGUAUUAUGGGUCUUACAUCUUUUCACUAACACUCAGUGAAAUCGCACAUGUUAUCUACGAAAUUUCCAGUUCUACAACAAGAAUCUGGAGAAGAAAGCGGAUGAAUGGUUGAAGAAAUGUCAAUUCGCACGUGUACCAGGAGUGGAAGGUGGGCAAAACCUCUACAUGGUGUCGUCCGCGAUGGAGCAGGGUGCGUUUGAAGCUGAUGGAAGGUAGUCUCAAAAAUUUGGGUGAAACUUCCUUUUUCUGGCCCAAGCGAAAAGAAGGUUUUACAGCUUGCGCCCAAACAAUUGCAAGGAAUAUCAGGCUUAGGAAGGUUAGGCUUUGCCUUAGGCUUAGUUUAGCGCUUAAGCUGCUUUCUAUUUUUAUUCGCAGUCUGCAGGGAAACCAGGGCGCAAGCUGCAAAGCGCCGGGCCAGGAAAAGGAAGUUUUGCCAAAAAUGUGCGAGUACCUUCGCAAUGUCCAAACCUUUCUGGACUUGGUCUAGGAAGUACUCCUAGUUACAUACAAACGUCGUUUUUACCAUUGACACAUUCGAAACUGGUGUAAUCGUGAUAUAUUUUCUGAACAUACUAAAAUUUAACAAUUUAGAGUCAUAAUAUGGCUCCUAUUUUAUGAACAUAUAGGUGUAUUUCAAUGCCAAAAUACACAUUUUUUUUGCAGAGGCGGUAGUGGUACGGGCUGCAGAGUCUUGGUGGAGCGACCUGCCAAAGAAGUACGCAACAACUAGUGUUGAUUUUUCGUCUCUGAAUGCGAACGAAGUGGGGCAUUUUACACAGGUACGAAAACGUUUCUUAUGGUGAUAUAUUUAGAUGGGAUGUACUAAGUGCGAGGCUCAGAUUUUGAUUUGACUUGGCACGAAUUUAAAUUAAUUUUUUCUAAGCUAUACGCGAUACUCGGUUUGCAGAAACGACCGAGAAUUUUUGGUCGAAUUUUGAAAAAAUAUGCCGCUUUUUUGCGAAUUUUGGCAUGAAAAUAUCAGUCUGUCGGGAAAAUAACGGCGGAUCGUCACAUCAAAAUGUCUCGUCUCGCCGCUAUCGCGAACCAAAUUCCCAGCCGCGGCUUGAAGUCGCAAAACGAUGGUGGGCGAUUCCGAGGCGCGACGAUCCGCCGCACGGCAACCCAGGGAGUCUCCCGCCUCGUUUCGGCGCUUCGCCCACCUAGUAUCGGUUGAAUUCAAACGAAAUGUCAAAAAUGAAUUUUUCGUGCGGGUUUCCGACCGAAAAACAUUUUUCUCGGAAUUAUUUUAUUUCUUUUGUGAAUUUCGACACUUGUGGGCGGGAGACAUUUUUGUUCUAUUUUGGGUUGCCGUGCGCCGUUAUUUUUCCGACAGACCGAUAUUCGUAUGUUAUUCUACGGCAGACGGAAACCUUUUACGAAAACAUACAUUUUCCUCCUUAAAACUGGUAAUGACGUGGCUAAAAAGUGUUUUUCUCAAUAGUCGCCCUCCAGGUUCUGCCUACUCUCUCGGCAGUCGUUCAAUAUCUCAAUUAUGUCUGCAAAAAGCGAUCUAAAAUUUUCAACAAUUGAUAUGCCCCUAUACCCUACGCGUGUGCAAAAUUUGAAGAAAUGCUGAGCAUCUGUGCGUCGCACUUGGAACACCCAUUUCCUAUGAGAACCUCUGAUCCCUUUUUUAGAUGGCCUGGGCCAAAAACCGUCGCGUCGGAUGUGCCGUGCAGAAGUGUGACUCCGGAACAAUGGUCGUCUGCUUGUAUGGAACUGGCAACGUUGCGAAAGAGAAUGUGUACGAAAUCGGUGAGCCGUGUUCCGGCUGUGCUGAGGGUACCUAUUGCGAGGACGCCUUGUGCGUGAUGAACUGUCAAAAACAGAAGAAAAAGUAG